AUGGAAAGGCAGAAAAAGUUAGAGGAGGCAGCCGCCGUGGCUGGAAUCUCUCCCGAUGCAAUAUCACUACGGUCAAUCUCAAAGCAAUAUGACGAAUUCACGGCUGAGGAUUCACUGAAUCCACGCCAGUGGCCGUUAAGCAAGAGGGUCUGGAUAUGUGCACUAACUGCUUUCUCCAUGAUGGUAGUCACGUUUGCCAGUGCCAUAUUCGCGACGAUUAUCCCCUCACUUGUCCGCAUCCACGGCGUCGAUCGAGAAGUGGUUACGCUCGGCGUGUCUCUCUACGUGCUGGGCUUUGCCAUAGGGCCGGUCGUUCGGGCAUCGUUCUCCGAACUGAAAGGUCGCUAUCCUCCUUUCAUUCUCUCGAUGGUUGGCUUCGUGGUCUUUUCAUUCGGCACCGCCAUACCAAAAAAUCUCACAUCGAUCCUCGUUUGUCGAUGGUUUUGGGGAUUCUUCGGCGCCGGGCCUUUGACUCUAGCCGGGCCUCUGAAUGCUGAUAUGUUUGUUGGGAAAUCCCUUGGUACAUCAAUGCCUACUGGAGGAUUCAUUGUUGAAAACCACGACCUAGGCUGGGAAUGGACUCAAUAUACCUGUGGCAUUCUCGGCGCCGCAGCCUUGAUUCCUUUGAUCUUCGUCUUGCAGGAGACCUACGCACCUGUUAUUCUUUCAAAGAAGGCCUCCAGGAUGCUCCAGGAAACUGGUAACGACUCAAUUACCUCUCAACAUACUGAGAUCUCUCUUUCUCUGCGAAUAAUUCUUAUCGACUAUACUGCGCUUCCACUGAAGAUGCUGGUAUCAGAUCCUAUAGUUCUCCUGAUGAGUCUUUUUGAUUCAUUCGUCUGUGGUCUGCUAUACUUGUUCUUGGUCGGCUAUCCUGUGGUCUUUCAAAAGAUUCACGGAAUGAAACCGGGCGACGGUGGCUUACCAUACCUCGGCUUGAUUGUGGGGGAUGUCUUCGCCGUGUUGGCGAUUCUUUUAACACAACCUUGGAUCAUGAACAAAGCCAAGCAAAACAGAGGUGUCAUGAUGCCUGAAUGGCAACUUCCAGUUGCUGUACCUGGUGCCGUGGCCUUCUCUGCGGGACUUUUCUGGUACGGGUGGACUGGCUACAGGCGAGACAUCCACUGGAUCGUGCCGACUUUGUCAGGAGUGUUGACGGGCUUCGGCCUUUUGGCCACGUUCAUUCCUUCUAUUUCUUAUCUCGUCCAGGCUCGGUCUGAAAGGUGA